AUGUUUGUGGCUUCUCGUCUUAACCUGCCUCGACUCUGGGGAACAUCUCGCCCUACCGGCUACCAGACCAUGCCCGGUGGCUUCCAUGAUGAAGAGUCCGGCUCAGGAGAGUCGGACUCGCUACUCGACCGCGGGCAACGAAGAGUACGUCGUUUCUGGGACGGCUUUGUCGACUUUGCAUUUCAAGGCAACAUUCUCCAGAUUGCCUUUGGUUUAAUUCUCGCCGCUGCCUUUACAGACUUGGUCAAGUCAUUUGUCAGUGAUGUUCUCAUGCCGCCCAUAUCCAUCAUUCUCCCGAUCAACAAGAACAUGGAGGAGAAGUUUGCGGUGCUGAAGCCUGGACCCAACUUUGACUCUGAGACGGGAUACAACACGCUGCAUCAGGCGCAAGAUGAUGGCGCCGUUGUCAUGGCCUACGGGUGA